AUGCAUUUGUCUUUCUUUCACCUAAAUAUUCCCAGAGUCAGACAGUACCAGCUGGAGCCAGAUAGAGUUAUUUCAUGCCGGAAAAAAGGCCACUAUUUGUGUUCCGGUAGAAUAAAAAUGUCACCCCUUACCAAGAAAUGCCGUCCCCCUAAACUUAGGGUACAAGCUGUCCAGGCUGUCCUGCCAGACUGUCCCAAAUGCUUUUUUUUACAAAAAGAAAGAAACGCAGAAAACACAGCAUUUUUUUUAAGAAAUAUCAAGAAUACUGGUCCAGUCGAAAUAGUUGCCGCUGCUGCCAGUGGUGGUAGAGCUGCAAAUAAUUCAUCAGAAAAUGACAACUCUGAUAGUGUUGGAGCUAGUAGUAUUUCAACUAAUCAUAGUUUACGAGAUACCAAGGAAAAAGUUACUGAAGAUCUUGAAUAUCACUCUUUCGAUGAAUUAGGCGAGAAUUUUUUUUUAGACAAGGACUCGACUCAUCACAAUGAAGCUGCUCAAAUUUUAGCUAGCUCCACGAAAAUUCCAAAUAAACCUCUCACCCAUGUUUGUCACUUAUUGCUGAAUAAGUUGGCCAAUUGCGCACCAAGUACAAGAUUAAUGAGAGAAUUGAUCAGAUCUUCUCCCUUAAAUACGGAUGAGCCUUUUGACCUUUCAAUUAACGCAGAUCUCAUUUUUACAGAAGUUAUGGGCACUCAUUUCCACACCGGGGAUUUAAUAACAGUUAAAAACAGAUUGCCAAAUUGUGGUUACAUUACAAAAGAACAAUUUGAGCUUUUUGACUGUCUAAAGUUGCCAGUUCUUCACUAA